GAUCCAAGUAAACAACACCAAUACUAUAAAUCUGCUCUGCCUUCCAAUCUUCACUCUGUCUGUAAAAAGAUCCCAUUUUUCCAAAAUCUCAAAGAUCUCUCUACUUGCCGCACAAUUCUUCUACAUUACAGACUCCUCUCUUCGUUUCUCUCUUUUGCACCACUCUCUGUACAAGGUCAGGUUAUCUUUCUCUUGUGUUUUACACUUCUAAAUAGCUAGACCUUAUUUGUAUCUUUUUCUUUUUAAUGUCAAGAUCUUAACUUUUACUGAAAAAAACAAUAAAGACCAAUCCUUUAAGGCAUAAUAACUUGUUUUCACGAUCUGGAUCUCUCAGAUCUGACUGAAAUCCUUUCAAACUUCUAAAGAAAUGGACUUUUUUGCUCAUUUUAAGAUCUGGGUCUUGACCCUUUGUUUGGUUUUCCAAUCUGGAUAUGGGUUUUACCUUCCUGGUAGUUACCCUCACAAUUAUGGCAUUGGUGAUACUUUAUCAGUGAAAGUGAAUUCAAUCACUUCUAUUGAGACUGAGAUUCCUUUUAGCUAUUAUAGUUUGCCUUUCUGUAAGCCUUUAGAGGGUGUUAAAGAUAGUGCUGAAAAUCUUGGUGAGGUUCUUAUGGGCGAUAGGAUUGAAAACUCACCUUAUAAGUUUAAGAUGCAUACCAAUGAGACCGAUAUCUUUCUGUGUCGAACCGAUCCUUUGUCGGGUGAUCACUUUAAGCUUCUAAAGAAGAGGAUUGAUGAGAUGUAUCAGGUUAACUUGAUUCUAGAUAAUUUGCCUGCGAUAAGGUAUGCUAAGAAGGAGUCUUAUUUUUUGAGGUGGACGGGAUAUCCAUUGGGGAUUAAGGUUCAGGAUGCUUAUUAUGUGUUUAAUCAUUUGAAGUUUACUGUACUUGUUCAUAAGUACGAGGAGGCCAAUGUAGCACGUGUGAUGGGAACUGGAGACGGGUCGGAAUUGAUUCCUACUGUUGGGAGUGGGGGAUCAGAACUUCCUGGGUAUAUGGUUGUUGGAUUUGAGGUGGUUCCUUGUAGUGUCAUGCAUGAUGCUCAGUCUGUUAAGAACUUGAAACCCUAUGAGAAAUACCCAUCUCCUAUUAAGUGUGAUCCCACCACUGUGGCAAUGCUGGUUAAGGAGAAUGAGCCAAUUGUUUUCACUUAUGAGGUUACAUUUGAGGAGAGUGAUAUCAAGUGGCCAUCGAGAUGGGAUGCUUAUUUGAAGAUGGAGGGGUCCAAGGUCCAUUGGUUCUCUAUCUUGAAUUCUCUGAUGGUGAUCACUUUCCUUGCUGGUAUUGUCCUGGUCAUCUUCUUGAGGACUGUCAGGCGGGAUCUGACCCAUUAUGAGGAACUUGACAAGGAAGCUCAAGCACAGAUGAAUGAGGAGUUAUCUGGGUGGAAGCUUGUUGUGGGCGAUGUUUUCCGUGCUCCAACUAAUUCUGGGCUAUUGUGUGUUAUGGUUGGAGAUGGGGUUCAGAUUCUUGGGAUGGCAGUUGUGACAGUAAUGUUUGCUGCCCUUGGAUUCAUGUCUCCAGCUUCCCGUGGAACUCUGAUUAUAGGCAUGCUAAUUUUCUACAUGAUUCUUGGUAUUGCAGCUGGCUAUGUUGCAGUUCGCCUUUGGAGGACAAUUGGCUGUGGUGAUAAGAAGGGAUGGGUUUCAGUUUCUUGGAAGGUUGCCUGCUGCUUCCCUGGCAUUGCCUUUUUUAUUUUAACCACUUUGAAUUUUCUAUUAUGGGGUAGCCAUAGCACAGGUGCCAUUCCAUUCUCUUUGUUUGUUGUUCUGAUUUUCAUGUGGUUCUGCAUCUCGGUUCCUCUUACCCUAGUUGGGGGCUACUUUGGGGCAAAGGCACCGCAUAUUGAAUACCCUGUUCGAACCAACCAGAUUCCUCGGGAAAUCCCAGCUCAAAAAUAUCCAUCUUGGCUAUUGGUCUUUGGAGCUGGAACUCUUCCUUUUGGCACACUCUUCAUUGAGCUCUUCUUUAUCAUGUCUAGUAUCUGGAUGGGCCGUGUUUACUAUGUUUUCGGGUUUCUCUUGAUUGUUUUCAUUCUUCUUGUGGUGGUUUGUGCUGAAGUAUCUCUUGUCUUAACCUACAUGCAUCUCUGUGUGGAGGACUGGAAAUGGUGGUGGAAAUCCUUCUUUGCUUCUGGUUCAGUUGCUAUCUACAUUUUCCUGUACUCUGUAAACUAUCUCAUAUUUGAGCUUAAGAGUUUGAGUGGCCCUGUCUCGGAAGCACUCUACCUUGGGUACUCCCUCUUGAUGGCUUUGGCAAUUAUGUUUGCAAUGGGCUCAGUUGGGUUCCUUUCAUCUUUCUGGUUUGUGCACUACUUGUUCUCUUCAGUGAAGUUGGAUUGAAGAACUUUCUCGUGCCAAGCAUCAUGGCCCUUCGAAGAACAAUACUAUCAUUUGGAGCAGAAAUGAAUGCGACCCUUCACAGAAGUCCAUCAUGCUUUACAUUUCUUUGAGUUUAUUUUGCUAGAAUGUUUACUGUAUGUUUUACUAUAACAAUAAUUUCGCUCAGUUUUGCGUAAUUCUUUAUUAGACGGAGAUCGUGGGAUGGUAGCAUGUUACACAAGCUCAUCAUUUUGGCAUAGUUGUUGGUAGUCGGUGGGAUUUCCCGAAUGUACCUUGUUCAUUCAGUUCUAUAUGAGGAUCGAAUGCAAGUAGCAAUGUUUGUCAUUUGUAUUUGACUUCAUUAGUCUUGCGUUGAUGUUA